AUGUAGAAAAGCAUAUUUGAAUUAUUGGAAAUUCAAGAAUAGAUAAAUGAAGAAGAAAAAAUUAUAUUUACUUACGCUGAUUAAUUAUAAAAGAUUAAGGAUUUGGUUAACCAUUUAAAAAUGAAAUACUAAAGCGUUGUACAUUAUAUUGAAGUAGAAGAAUUCCUAUAUCUAAUCACCUUUCCAUUAGAAGUUCAUAGUUCUUUAUGCAUUCUACAAUUUGAAAUUCUAUUAAACUUUAAAGAGCUUUAAACUAAUUUUAGAGUGUUGCUUUUUGAUUAAAAUGGUAGAAUUUUGGUUAACGAAAAGGUAAUUUUAAAUAUAUUUUAACUAGAAUAUCAGAAUAUAAUUAUGUAGAUAUAUGCUUCGUUUAAAUAGUAAUUUAAGAGUAGGUAGUUUUUUUGUGCACCCUCUAGAUGGUUAUAUAGGUCUAAAAUUAUAAUGUUAUAAUGGAAAGGAAAACUAAAUUUACAUGACAGAUAAAGAUUUCGAAGAAUUCACUCAAUAUUUAGAUAGCUUAGUUUAGACAGCAAUUUAUUCAUUGCGAUUUCAUUUUCUUAGAAUAUUAAUUCUAAUAAAUCGUAUCAACAUUAUGGAGAUCGACAUAUAUGACAAGUAUAUGUAAAAUAAUAGGUAUUAAGAAAAUGAAAAUAAGAAUUGGAGGAAGUUCCCUCCAGACAUAAUUACUCUUUUAAAAAGAAUAAAUAAUACAAUAGAAACGUAAAUGAUUAAUCUAUCAAAGUAAUUUGAAUGAACCAUUCACAAAAGAAUAAUAUCAAUAAUACGGCCCUAUUAUUUAAAAACAAAUACUAAGUGAUAAUAAGAUCAUCAAUUAAAUUAAAGUCAAUUCUCCAAAUGACUUGCAUUUAGAUGUAGCUCAUGAAAUUAAUUCUGGAGGAUUUAGUAUUAUCUAUGGAAAGGAUAUCUCAUUUACAAUUGAGAAAAAUAAUCAAUAAAAUAAUUUAAAAAGGCAUUUUGCAAUUAAAGCAGAUAAAAAUCCAGAAAGUUAGAAAAUUAAAAGAGAAAUUUAAAUACUUCAAAUUCUUACAAAUGAUAAAUACUAAAUUAAAAAAAAAAAUUAAAAGGAAGGAUAAGAAUAUUUCAAAUUCACAGGAACGUGUCCAUAUAUUUCUUAAUAUUAUUAUAUACAAGAAAGAGAUGAUAUUCUAUUAAUGGAAAGAUAUUUUUAUUCAUCCUUAGACAGUUUCCAUAAAAAAAUGGAAGAUUGUUUAAGUCUUUCUUCAAAAAUAUUCAUAGCUCAUAGUAUAGCUAUGGGUCUAAGAUACUGUCAUCAAUAUGAUAUAAUUCAUAUGGAUAUCAAACCAGCUAAUAUUCUAAUAUCAAAAUCUUUAAUAGCUAAAAUUACUGAUUUUGGUGAGGCAAUCCAUAAUAAUGGCAAAGAAUAAUUCCAAUCUGUUGGAAAAACCUUACCCUAUUGUGCUCCAGAAAUGUAAAGAAAUCCAUCAGAUAAAAGUGAAUUCACAUCUGCCUAUGAUAUAUUCUCAUUUGGUUUUUUACUAUUUGAGUUAUUGUUUGAUAGGCAACCAAUUGUAUGAUUAAAUAAAUAAUAUUUAGGAUUUUAGAAGACAAAAUAUAAGAAUGUUAGAAGAAAAGUAUUUAAGGUCAAAUUAUACAGUAAGAUAUAAUGAAAAAUACGAGAAAAAAUUAGGACCUUAAAAAUUAAUGAAAUAUUUAGGUAGACUAUGUUUACUUUGUUUACAACCUGAUCCUAAAUUAAGACCAAAUAUUGAUAAAAUAGUUUUAAUUUUAAAGGACAGUCUUUCGUAUCUGGACAGAAUGUAUUGA